AUGGCUAUUAGUACUGGAAUAGUUGUUAUUGUUGCACUCCUAGUGCUGAUGGGAGUGACCAUAUGCUCAGCCACUAGAGCCCUAUUGACUCCAGAGGCAGGAACUUAUGGUGCUGGCCACGGCAUUGACGCCGGUGCCCGCUAUGGAACCGCAGGUGGAGUUGCAGGUGCUGGAGGUUAUGGUGGUGGAGGAGGAGGUGGAUCCGGUGGUGGCUAUGGUGAAGCAGGAGAGCACGGAGUUGGAUAUGGGAGUGGUGGCGGCAGUGGCAGCGGAGCUGGGUAUGGAGUAGGGGAACGUGGUGGUAGUGGUGGCGGUGGUGGUAGUGGAGGAGGUGCUGGUUAUGGUGCUGCUGGAGGAGAGCAUGGAGUUGGCUAUGGAAGCGGAGGUGGUAGCGGCAACGGAGGUGGGUAUGGUGCUGGUGGAGAGCACGGUGGUGGAUAUGGAGGUGGCGGUGGUAGCGGGGGUGGUGGCGGCUAUGGUGCUGGAGGAGCACAUGGUGGAGGUUAUGGUGGAGGCGGGGGCUCCGGUGGUGGUGCAGGGUAUGGAGCCGGAGGAGAGCACGGCGGGGGAUAUGGCGGUGGUGGUGGAAGUGGUGGUGGGGGUGGUUACGGCGGUGGAGACAGCGGUGGUGGUUACGGGAGUGGUGGUGGAGCCGGAGGUGGCGAGGGCUAUGGCGGUGGAGGAGAGCAUGGUGGCGGGUACGGUGGCGGAGGAGGGAGUGGCGGUGGGGGAGGUGGCGGUUACGGAGGAGCUGGAGGGUAUGGAGGUGGUGAAGGCGGUGGGAAUGGCGCCGGAGGUGGGUAUGCCGGGGUGCAUUAUGGCUACCUUCCAUGA